ACGAAUCGACAGACAAAUCAAGAAUGUCAUCAGUCAAAUCAGAUGUGUUGAUGGAAAGUUGUAUAGUACUACCGAGAAUUAAGUUUAUUACAAAAUGACUGUGAUUGUAUUACGUGUGUCCAAUUUGAGUUUAAGAAUUAGCAGCAUAAUGCGUGAAAUAAGUAUUUUCUCUAAAACCCUCACUGUCGCUUGAAAACAGAAUGAAGGAAGAUGGGUUGUGUCACCAGCAAGACAGAUAUCAAUGAUCUUCAUCCAAAUAUAUUCCAGGUGAUGAAUGUGGAUGAGAUGUGCAAUCCGCUGCAGCCCGGCCAGCUUGAAGUGAAUGAAACAGACCUGGUGUUACAUCAGCGGGGCAAGACACCGGUCCGCUGGCCUCUGAAGUCUCUGCGGCGCUAUGGCUUUGAUGCGCAGCUCUUUAGUUUCGAAUGUGGUCGCCGCUGCCCCACUGGUCCAGGCAUCUAUGCGUUUAAGUGUUCUCGCACUGAACAGCUCUUCAAUCUGCUCCAGACACAGGUACAGAUGCGUAAUAACCCCGGAGAAGAUGCGGUCUCCAACUCCAUGGACUUCACUCCGAGGCAGACGGAGAGCAACUAUCUUGAGCCAGCUCCGGUACAGUUGAGGCAGAAUGGCAACAGGUUCUCUCUUCACAACGGCAGACUGGGCAGUGUGGGUAGCAGUAGUAACGGCCCAUUGAGUCCUCUGACCACUUCCCCCUCUCCCCCUCCACCACCUCCACCAUCCAACAACAAUUGUGAAGCAGAAGACAAGCACCGGACACUGUCCCUUUCAGAAGUGUGUUCUCCCCCACCGGUGGUGCUCACCACAUAUGCCAACAUCGAUAUUACUCCCACCUCACCCCCUGCUGUGGACGGAGAUCCCCCCGGCCUGUCCUCGCCCGUCUACAUGAAUGUGAUCCCGGGUCAGGAGGUGGUGGUUCCGGCACUACCCACAGAGCCGCCUCCCAGACCCCAGUCUAAACUGGAUCUAGACCUCGAAGAAAGACACUGCUACGCCAACUUGGAGCCCGGAGAGUUGGAGAGUUUGAGGGGGGGCAUGGAACGGUACCCACCCUCCACCCCACCUCCUCAGCAGAUUAAUUAUAUCCUGCUGGAUUUGGACCAGACGUCGUCCUCCUCAUCACUGACAGGAGCCCCCAAUCAACCCACCUCCCCAGUGACACUCACCUCCGCUUCCUCACUUACCCCAGAGUCCCCCAACAAGCCUUCAGAAGGCUACGCCACGAUAGACUUCAACCGCACGGUGGCUCUGUGUGCGGUCUCGUGUCCCCUGGUGGAGGAGGAAGGUUCUCGCAAGACCCGUCACAACUCCACGAUGGGGGACUUGACUACUGUUACCACCGCUACACAGGAGGUGAGGAGGACCAGGCACAACUCAACCAUCAGUGAACUUAUGGCUCCUCUCGCUUCCAGGCUCAGCUCUUCCCUCACCAUAGGUGUAUCUAGGAUGACCUAAUUGGUGGGGGGAGGGUGAUUUUACCUCUAUAUACAACCCCGUCAAGCUGUGGUACAGG